GCAUUGUUCCAAAAUUGGAACACGCGAUAUUUUGGGAUGUAGUUGAAUAGAUGGAGGCACAAGUAUUAAUCAGAACCAUUGUUAGCAAUUCACAGCAUCGGGAGCACCUGUUUUCAGUAAACUUUUUAGGUUAUAUUACGGCAGUAAACAUACCAGUGCAGCUAGGUUAUUUUAUUUUUAACACAAUUUUUUGUGUUAUUACUGGCGCGUAAACAAUACAAACUGCUGAAAAAUUGAAGUUCUCUAUAAACAGAAGCAAGGUCUGGCUAUUCUUUUAUUGGUUAUGGAUUGCAAAACCUUUUACGGAAAAAAAUCCACCUGUUCAACCAGUUUGAACCGACUCAUUGACAAACUGCAUGAAGAGCACUUUGAAUCAGCUAACAUAUAUAUACUAUAAGUCCACCAAUGGAGGAUUCUGAGGGCGACUCUGAAGCCUCAGGAAAUGAAAAUGAAGGGGAUUUUUGUGAGAAAUUUUCUCAAAAAAUAUUAGGUGCACCAGCUGAAGCUACUCUUGUAUCACAUGGCAGUAAGCAGCAUCAAGAAUCCAGCAGUGAUGACGAUGAGCCUUUAGUAAAAUACGUACCCAAAAGCAAAAAAUUCAAGUCAAAGUCAAAACUGGAAAACUGGUAUCAGCAAGACUUACCAAACUCUGUGAAUCUGAAUAAUGUAAUAGAAUCUGACACAUAUAAUAACCUGGUUUCAAAAGAAAAUCCUAUUCAAUUUUUCGAAUUAUUUUGGACUGAUGCUUUUUUUGAAAACAUAAAAGAACAAACUAUAUUGUAUGCUACCCAGAAAAAUGCAAACACAUCUUUUACUGUGACCGUGGAAGAACUAAAGGUUUUUUUCUCAAUUUUGCUAAUUUCUGGUUACUCUAAAAGGCCCAGGAAAGAUAUGUAUUGGAGUAUGGACUCUGAUCUUCUCAAUGAAGCGGUUGCUAAGGGGAUGUCAAGAAAUAAAUUCCGAGAUAUUUUGAGAAAUUUGCACUUUGUAAAUAACACUCAGCUGCCAGCCAAUGACAAAUUUGGGAAAGUAAGGCCACUGAUCAACCACCUAAACACUGUUUUUCUACAGCAUACCCCUCUUACUCAAACCACAUCAAUAUCUGUUGACGAAUCAAUGGUACCAUACUAUAGUCACCACAGUUGCAAGCAAAGAAUUCAAGGAAAGCCUAUUAGAUAUGGGUUCAAAUUUUGGUCUGCAAAUGUAUCAAACGCUUAUCUUGUGAACACUGAACCAUAUCAAGGCAAGGAACAAUAUUAGGAGAUAGUGACCUUGGCCUAGGAGCAUCUGUUGUUUACACCUUUGCAGAAAAAUUGAAACAGCGAUUUCCAGAUCAAAAAUUUAACUUCGUUAUAGAUAACUUUUUCACGGGUCUUCCACUGAUAAAAAAAUUAAGUGAAAUGGAUUUUGGAUGCACAGGUACGAUCCGGCAAAACAGACUAGAAAAAUGUCCUCUAAAUAAAUCUGCAAUGAAGAAAUCGCAUAGGGGUUCUAUGGACUCAUACGUUAAUUCAACUAAAGAAGUUAUUGUUAUGCAAUGGAAAGAUAACUCCAUAGUCCAUGUUGCUUCAAACUGCUUUGGCUUGCAGCCCACAAAAGCAGCACGCCGUUAUUCUGCUGCUGACAAAAAAUAUAUUAUGGUAGAGAUGCCUCAUGCUAUUCAGCAGUACAAUACUAAUAUGGGUGGUACAGAUUUAAUGGAUAGAAAUAUUUCUAAUUAUCGCCCGCAACUGCGUAAUAAUAAAUGGUGGUGGCAAGUUUUUAUACAUCUUUUAUGCGCUUCGGUCUCUAAUGCUUGGAUCUUAUACAGAAUCUCAAAAGAUGAGAAAAAAGAAAUCUAGUGCUGAUGAAAUUCAUGGACAGUUCUCGUUCUCUUGAUUUACUUGACUUUAUCAGAUACAUUGUAUCAACAUAUUUACUUCCGAGUCCCAGAGCACAAAGACAAGACGGAGCUAUAUUUCUAAAGGUUCCUGAGGCAGUCUCCAAGAAUAUGUCUGUUUUGCACUACCCAAACUCCAUGAAACAAAAUAGAUGGAAAGUUUGCAAAAAAAAUACUACAUUUGGUUGUGGUAUAUGUAUGAUUAAUGUACAUCCACUCGAUUGUUUUAAAAUAUUUCAUCAAAGUGCAUCUUCG